AUGGCCACUGAACAGAUAGACUACAACCCUGGCAAUGCUGCUGAUCGUCAAACAUUCUGGGUGCCACCUCUUGAGCAUAUCGAAGCGCAGACAAUCGCAUUACCACCCGGUGAUCAAAUCGGCAUUGCAAUCAUCCAGCCAUCGAUUGUCUGCUUCCGCACAACGCCCACUUUUGACGAGAAUCGAUUUAUCGAAGCAGUGAAGACCGCGGCAUCAUGCAUACCUUGGGAGAUACCCUUAGCAGCUGGCCGAGUGGUAUGGGACGAUGAGUCGAGACACACGAUCAAAUGCGAGAUCCCACAAAACCCCAAGAUUCAAGUCAACAUCAAGAGACUGCCACACCGGGAUGCGGCGCAACUCGACGCCCAGCAUUGGCCGCCACAUGCCCUUCAGAUUCGCGAGAUCUGCUUGUAUGAUAGACCAUUGCCAGCAGUCGGCAACUUUGUGUUCGGAGUACAGGCGAAUCUGAUCAAGGGCGGUGUGAUUCUGGUGUUGCACAUGAACCACAUACUCUUGGACGGCCCAUCACACGGAACAUUCGCAGUACUGUUCGCACACCAUCUAUCGAGAGCGGUCGCUGGCAAACCUCCCCGAAAGUCUGGAAUGGUGCCUCCUGAGGCUCUGGACAAGUCUCUUGCGCAAGGAACUCAUCCUGCAAGGAAUAUCUUGAAGUGGCAAGAUUGGAAGCUGAAGCCAGAGAUCGACAUCUCGCCAGAGGAACUGCGAGAGAUACUCCUAGAGCGCAUGGCAAAUCUGUCGUUAACAAUCUGGCAUUUCCCAGCCGACAAGCUGAACAAGCUACGAGCGGCCAUGUCGGCUUCAAGUCAAAGCAAGCUCUCCCUAUCAACUUGUCUAUCAACUUGGUGCUGGAGGAUCUUCACAAGAGCAAGGGACCUAUCACCAGACGAAGAGACUCGGAUGUUGACCCCAGUCCAAACGCGCGGAAGGAUAAAAGAGCUGCAUCAAAGCUACAUCGGCAGCGUGCUGGUCUACGGCCGCGCCAAAGCCACAGUCGAAGAACUGACAACGCUGACGACAAGCGAACUGGGCGACCGCAUCGCCAAGAGCGUCGCCUGGUGGACACCAGAACGCAUCCGCGAACACUGGGGCUCCAUCGAAGACUGCCCCGACAUCGCCAAAUACCAACCCAACACCAACCGCGACUUCGGCAACGACGUCGAGAUGAGCAAUACGAUGAACUUGCCUUUUUACAAGAUCAACUGGGGCGACUCGUUGCAGGUCAAGGCGAUCCGCUUCCCGUCGUUGGCGUUUGCGGAUGGGUACAUCCUGAUCGAGCCGAGGCUGUUGACGGGUGGGAUUGAGGUGUUCUUUUAUGCGGCGAGGGAUACGUUGGAUAAGUUGAUGAGGGAUCCGGAGUUUAGGGAGUAUGCAGAGUAUUGGGGGGCGUCGGAUGAGGGGAUUGAUGUUCUGGCUGCGGAGACGUUGCCUGCGAAGUCGAAACUAUGA